AUGGUGGCGUUCUGGGCUUGUGGUGUGACUGAGACCAAGGCAGUGGCCGUAGAUGUACCUGAGGGCUUUGUGCUCAAUGUGUGCAACGCCAUUUGCGAUGCGUCUAGCACAAACGCGCAAAUGGUGUUAGGUCUGGAGACGCAGCAGCUGGACGGCAAAGUCUGGAAGGGUGUCGCUGCGCACUUGGGAGCUACGCAGCCGCUGCAGAUAAAGCUGGAUCUGGUCUUUGGCCGCAAGGUGAAGUUCUACCUGGCCAAAGGUGCGGGUAUUGUGAACCUUACCGGAUACUUCCAGCCUGGACCUACUUCUGCCUAUUUGAUUGGAGACGAAGCCGAGAAAUCUGCUCAAAUUGAGGCAACCAGCGCGCAAAAAGGCAAGAAACGUGCUCGUGGGAAGCAGCAACCUGAGGCCACAGGACAAGAAGAGGUUCCAGUGCCAUCCAGUGAUUCGAAGGACAUGUCCAAGAAAAACGCCAAGACCGCGGACGCAAAACCUUCGACCACACAGCAGCGUCAGAAGAAGGUGGACGACGUUUCUGAGACUGCAUCUGUGAACCCGGUGCCACCAGUGGAUACGGCACAGAAGAAGAAGCGCAAGAAAAAACACAAGAAAGUUGUUGCGAAUGGCGAGAACUCUGUAAACAGCGUAUAA